AUGCGCCCCGAUCGGCCUCGCGACCCCGUCACCGGUCCCGACGAGGGACCGGAGCCCCCGUAUCCCAUUCGCAUGAGUGGACCUGUCAUCAAAGGCUUCGGGCGGGGCAGCAAAGAGCUGGGCAUCCCAACAGCCAACAUCCCCGCCGAUGAACUCUCCCAGCAUCCCGAAUUGUCCGUAGGCGUUUACUACGGCGUCGUGGCGCUCGACCCAGCGCGCUUCGCAACGGGGGAGACCAUCCGCCCGGCGGUGCUGAGCAUCGGAUACAAUCCUUUCUACAAGAACGAGUCCAAGUCGAUUGAAAUCCACAUCAUGCCGCCCCUCUCCGCCCCCUCGCCGACCGCCACUACUUCCACCGACGGACAGGUCACCUUCCACAAAAUGCCCGACUUUUAUGGCACGCCACUCAACUUGCUGAUUCUGGGAUAUAUUCGUCCUGAAUACGACUAUGUUUCGUCGGAGGCGUUGAUCGAGGAUAUCCGCGUCGACUGUGAGGUCGCGAGGCGGAGUUUGCAGCGCCCGGCGUAUCGGUGCUAUUUGGUUGAGGAUCCGGCUUGUGAGGGGAAUGUAAGGGAGGAGAUUCGCUGGUUGACCAGUUUCGAGUAG